AUGGCACAAAUGCAAGGCUUCGGGAGAAAGUAUAUUAAAGCCUUUUUGAAAGGUUUUUUUGUUGCUGUUCCUGUGACUGUCACUUUCCUUGAUAGAGUGGCUUGUAUAGCGAGAGUAGAAGGGGCUUCAAUGCAGCCUUCACUGAAUCCAGUGGAACAGCAAGUAUCUGAUAUAGUGCUUUUAAAUCAUUGGAGUAUUCGGAAUUACAAAGUACAACGUGGAGACAUAGUUUCACUUGUGUCUCCAAAAAACCCAGAACAGAAGAUCAUUAAACGAGUGAUUGCUCUUGAAGGGGACAUCAUCAAGUAAGUAUUAUACAUUGUCAUCUCUGACUUUUGUGAGAAUAUUCUAGCACCUUUUUAGUAGAAUUUGAGUGGUAUCCCAGACAACCAUCAUUUUCUGUCACAUAUGAAUAUGUAUUACUAACGAAGUUACCAAUCUAUACUUUCUUAUUUUUUUUAAUGAGAAAGGAAGGAGUUUUAAGAUAAACACUGACAUUAUUGAAUCUGUCCAUGAAGAGAUGCAACUGUCCUGCAUCAGUUUAUUAAUUUGCAAUAUUACAAUCUUGCAAAUCUUGCAAAUACAUUACAAACUGCUUGGGUGAAUUUUGGCAGCUUUAGACUGAAAUAUAUAAAUAACUAUUAUAAUAAAAAUAUAAUGGAUAAAGUGAAUACACUUAAUCAGUGAUGGCUAGUGAAAUGAUUUGCAAAUAUCAACUACUGCCCCCUGCUUCAAGAUGACUGGAGUAGAAACAGAAUUAUCAUUUUUAUUUGUAAUAUAUGAAAGGUUGUAUUGUAUUCACCUCUAUAAAUCAGAACAAUAUAUAUUCAU